AUUCGUUUCUGAAGCAUCGAGGGCCCGCGGUCCCGCCAGCAGACCAGCGGUCACAAAACAACAGGGCAUGGCGAAAAGAAGCGCCGCCGCCGCCGCGCCAGAGUUCCGGAGCCGGCGCGGCGCCCGCGCCCACGCCGUCCGGCUUCUCCAGAGGAUCCAUCACCGCUUCCUCCGCCUUCUCGGCGCCACCGCACCCAAAACCGGCCGCCGCACGGCCAAGUCUGCCCGCAAGGUCGCGAGACCGAGGGAGCCCAAGAGCCUCAGGGCGGCGGAUGAAAAGCAGGAGCAGGACGUCGAGGCACGGAGCCCCGAUGCCGCCGCCACCGACGCUUCAGCUUCCGCUUCCGAGGCGGCCGUGGCGGGCAAGUACUGGGCGCACCGGUACAGCCUCUUCAACCUCUAUGACCGCGGCGUGCGCAUGGACGCCGAGGGCUGGUACUCCGCGACCCCGGAGUCCAUCGCGGCGUCGCAGGCCUCCCGUGCCGCCCCCGGCGACCUCGUCGUCGACGCCUUCGCCGGAUGUGGCGGCAACUCCAUCCAAUUCGCCGCCAGGGGCUGCUACGUGGUCGCCGUGGAGAUCGACCCGCGGAAGGUGGAGCUGGCGGCGCACAACGCGAGGGUGUACGGCGUCGAGGACAGGAUCGAGUUCAUUGUCGGUGACUUCUUCCGCUUGGCGCCUUUGCUCAAGGCUGAUUUGGUGUUCCUUUCACCACCCUGGGGAGGACCAUCAUACAUUCAAGCUCCAGUUUACACCCUUGAUAUGCUGAAGCCAAAAGACGGGUAUGAGACAUUUCAAGCAGCUCAGAAAAUAGCUCCUAACGUCAUGAUGUUCUUGCCACGGACCGUGGACGUGACUCAAGUGGAGGAACUUUCCUGGUUGUCUUGCCCUCCCUUAGAUUUUGAGAGUGAAGAGAACUACGUGCAGCACAGAUUCAAAGGAAUCACUGCCUAUUUUGGAAGACGAUGAGAUCACUGAGCCCAUUGUCAAAAUUGGGAUGAGCACAGAAGUUUUUCGGGGUUCAUGCUGAAAUCAAAAUCUACGUCAAUAAAAUUGCUCCAAAAUUUGUGUGAAAUCCUCAUAUGCCAGAAGCAGAAGGGGACUUAAAAGAUGAGUAUAUAUGGUAAUCUGAAUCAAAGCUUUAGCUUCUCUGUUGGGAGUCAUGUUCCCCGCAAAAUCAUCUGUAGAGACUCAGGAAGGAGGAUACUCAUUAGAUAUCUAAAUUGAGCUGGGAAUUAAAAUGCAGUCCCUGCUCAAAGGAUGCUGUCACACCAUUGUGUCAGGUAACAUCAGCUCCUAUCUUUCUUUCAGGCACCUGUUAAGUGGCCUGUCUGUUUGCCUAAUAAGAUCCCCAAAGUUGCUAUUGUUAUACGUGAUGAUGAGUAACUUUUGAGAAAGAAAGGAUAACUCUAUAAUGAUUGAUACAA